AUGUCUACACCGUCAUCUGUCGACUCUUCCCUGUGGGAUGCCGACAACUACGAUAUGCUCAUGAAAACCAUGACACACCCUCCUUCACCCCCACAUACCUCCGAUAGUGAAUGUGAGGCCAUGUCCCCAGCUUCAGAUACUCCAUCAAGCCCUCCCGUCGAAGACAAGGAGAAGAACGAUGAGAAGAAGCCUACAAAGAAGAGAAAGUCAUGGGGCCAGGAACUCCCGACACCCACUACCAACCUUCCUCCAAGAAAACGCGCAAAGACCGACGCCGAGAAGGAACAGCGCAGAAUCGAGCGUGUCCUCCGGAACCGUGCCGCCGCGCACUCUUCUCGUGAACGUAAGAGAGCCGAACAAGAGGCCCUUGAGAAAAGAAAGAAGGAGAUCGAAGCCGAAAAUGAGAACAUGAAGAACCGUCUUUCUCAGUUCGAACAAGAAUUCGCAGAUCUCCAGAAGAAGUACAGGCAACUGGAGCACAACUAUCUCCUUGCCAAGUCGCAUCUUCCCUCUGACUCCGGCUUCAACCCCGUUUCCAUCCCAGAAGACAGAUCAAUUUCCUCCGGCAGCAUCUCCAUACCUGCAGUGUCUGCUGAGCAACACGGUAGCGACAGCGACCUCGUCACUUCUCCGACCCUUGUCAGCGAUUGGGCGGAUUGGACGCUCUUUGACGAAAACUUGACCAUAAGUCCCGACUUUCUUGACAUCGCCGGAACCCUUGAGGAAACAAUGUCCAACGUCACCACACUUUGUGACUCCGAUGUCCUCCCGGAAUCCUCCGGGUUGGAUUCGUACCACUCUAUCGGGUACGAACUCUUCGGAGAAGACUCCACCAAGAAGCCGACAAUCGAUCUCGACCUCUUCGCCAGCCUUGCCGGCGAAGUUUCGGAAUUGUGA